AGCCUGAACACUGACUUUCACUUAACAGAUUCACAGACCUGUUGUUAGGAAAACUCUCAUACUGCAGCAGGCUCUGACCGUCCUGGUCCUGGUUCUGGUUCUGGUUCUGGAGAACCUGCAAAAUUUUGUCUGACUUCUUGAGAAUCUUACCAGCUGAGUUACCAGCGGAGUUGCAGCUGUCGGUUUGAGGUGUUCUGUCCCGGCGAUGGUUCCCCCCUGGCCGGCCGCCAACAAGCCCCACGUGUGCUUGACGGCGGGCCUCAUCAUGACCAGCCUGGCCCUGAUGGACGCCUACCUGCUGGAGCAGAACUCGGGCCCCCGGUGGGUCGGCGUGUGCAUCAGUGUGCUGGCGGGAGAUGCCUGCUUCCUCGUGGUGCUGCGGUUCGUCGCCGUGUGGGCGGGGUCGGAGGUGCACACGGCCCGGCGAGGCUACGCCAUGAUCCUCUGGUUCUUCUACAUCUUCAUUCUGGAGAUCAAGGUCUACUUUGUGUACCAGAACUACAAGUCUCAGGGCGUGGACGUGGAGGUGGUGGGCAUGUCCCGCGGUGCCCUCACGCUGCUGCUGUCCGUCUGCCCGCCCGUUGUGUUCGUCACUCUGGCGGCCAUCGACCACCUGGAGUACUUGAGGCCGUACAGGAAGAGAGAGGAGAUCCGGAGCCGUCUGUUCUGGGUGGUGGUGGACCUGCUGGACAUGGUGGACGUCCAGGCCGACCUGUGGGAGCUGGGGGGAGCGGGGCUCCCCCUGUGGGUGGAGGGGCUGAUGUUCUUCUACUGCUACAUCCUGCUGCUGGUGCUGCCCUGCAUCUCGCUCAGUGAGAUCAGCCUGCAGGGCGUCAACGUCGUCCCCCACAGGAUGAUGCUGUACCCCAUCCUCAGCCUGGCCGCCCUCAACGUCGUCACCCUGCUGAUCCGUGGAGGGAACCUGCUGAUUUACGGGGACGUCCGAGUGUCCGCGGUCAUGAUGGGGAAGAACGUGGUCGCCAUCGUGGUGAAGCUCUGCAGCCUGCAGCAAUACAGGCGACACCAGCCGCCGAACGCCGCUACCGCCGCAGAGCCACGAGACGAGCCGCACCACCACCACCCUCAGGACCUCCAGACAUCCAGCAGCCAGCCGGUGGAGCUGCCCCGGGUCCUGAUCCAGGACUUCACCACUAUACCGGAGGAGGAGCAGGAUCAGGAGGAGGAGGAGGAGGAGAAGAGUGAUGAACCAUGA